AUGCCUAGCUUGAUUGACGUCUUGGAAUAUCCCGGGUAUAUUCAUACGGAUACAACUCUGGAUGCUGAGAGGGAAGAAGCAGGCUUGAUAGGUGACCUCGGGCCAGUGACCCUCCACAUCUUCCACAUGCUUCACCUAGCGCGAAUCCUUAGUGCAAAUGGCCUUGUUCAGCCCACGAUUCUUCACCUUGGACAUGGGCGCUCACCCAGCCUUGGGUUGCAUUUGCCAAUAAAGCGAAGCUUAUUCCCCAAUCUCUCGUUUGUCGUCUUCAUCGUGUCAUUUCUCCUCCACUUACUCUUCCCAUACUCAUGGGCCAACAUCGUCGAGCGUGAACCCCGAUUCCGACGCCCUGGACCUGCAGUUUUGUUUCUUUUCCGCUUGCCCCGCGCUGUCGCGGCUGCUUUAGACAAACAGCAGUUGAUGGCAAGCGACAAUAGAGCCAGGAAACGAGGGCUACAAUCACAUCAGCGACGAAGCAGACAUACAUGCAUCUUUGACGGCGCCAAGUAUCUGCCUUCUUUCCUGCCCAGAACACGGGACGACCGCCUACAAGCGAAGCAAGCUACCAAGCGGCGCAGCAGCAGCAAGAGCGAAUCGGGGGUGCGCCAGUGA